ACCUCUGGGCCCACCGCGACGGUCACCAGCACCUCUGUCCACACCUCGACUUUCACCAGCACCUCCGGGCCCACCACGAUUGUCACCAGCAGCUCUGGGCCCACCACGACGGUCACCAGAACCUCUGGGCCCACCACAAUGGCCGACAGCACCUCUGGGCCCACCACAAUGGCCGACAGCACCUCUGGGCCCACCGCGACAGUUGCCAGCACCUCUGUCCACACCACGACUUUCACCAGCACCUCUGGGCCUACCACGAUGUUCGCCAGCACCUCUGGGCCCACUACAACUGCUUCCAGCACCUCUGGGCCCACCACGAUGGUCACCAGCAGCUCUAGGCCCACUACAACAGACUCAAGCACCUCUGAGCCCUCCACGACGGUUACCAGCACCUCUGGGCCCACCACAAUGGUCGCCAGCAGCUCUGGGCCCACCACGACCGUCACCAGAACUACAAGACCCACCACGAUGGUCGCCAGCACCUCUGGGCCCGCCACAAUGGAUGACAGCACCUCUGGGCCCACCACGACAGUCGCCAGCACCUCUGUCCACACUACGACUGUCGCCAGCACCUCUGGGCCCACCACAACGGUCGCCAGCACCUCUGGGCCCACUACAACUGCUUUCAGCACCUCUGGGCCCACCAUGAUGGUCACCAGCACCACAGAGCCCACCACGACAGUCGACAGCACCUCCGGGCCCACCACGAAGGACACCAGCACCUCUGGGCCUACCACGACCGUCACCAGCACUACAGGGCCCACCACAAUGGUCGCCAGCAGCUCUGGGCCCACCACAAUUUCCUCCAGCACCUCUGGGCCCACCGCGACAGUUGCCAGCACCUCUGUCCACACCUCGACUUUCACCAGAACCUCUGGGCCCACCACGACGGUCACCAGCACCUCUGGGCCCACCGCAAUAGUCACCAGCACCUCUGAGCCCACCACAACGGUUGCCAGCACCUCUGGGCCC